GAAGAAACAGUGGCCUGGCAAUGAAUGUAAAAUAUUUCUUUUGAAGAGAAACAGGUUUUUAAAAAAAUGAAUGCUUAUAUUCUGUAAAGUGUUAGUUUUCCUUAAAGGACUCCAGCACUUUUAAUUUGACAUCCAAUCACAGAGAAGACAUAAUCUUUGCUGGCAGUGAGAAAAUAUUCAUAGAGAAAGCAUGCCUGUUCUUGGGGUUGCCUCAAAGCUUAGACAGCCAGCAGUUGGGUCAAAGCCUGUUCAUACAGCGCUUCCAAUCCCAAAUCCUGGCAGGACUUUGUCUCAGAACUAUUCACCGAAGGCAGUGGAGAUUAGUGGGACAGAGACAUCAAUGCUAUCCUGUCAGCUCUCAUUAAAAUCAACCUGUGACUUUGGUGAAAAGAAAGCACUGCAAGAAACUUCCAAGGAGACUGAAGACAGCAAGAUCUACACUGAUUGGGCAAACCACUACCUUGCAAAAUCUGGCCACAAGAGGCUGAUUCGAGACUUGCAGCAAGACAUUGCUGAUGGCGUGCUUCUGGCGGAAAUCAUUGAAAUCAUUGCAAAUGAAAAGGUUGAAGAUAUUAAUGGCUGUCCUAGAAAUCAGUCUCAAAUGAUUGAGAAUGUUGAUACCUGCCUUAGCUUUUUGGCAGCCAGAGGAGUAAACGUGCAGGGCCUUUCAGCUGAAGAAAUCAGAAAUGGAAACUUGAAAGCCAUUUUAGGAUUAUUUUUCAGUUUGUCUCGCUUCAAACAACAACAACAGCAGCAGCAGCAGUACUACCAGUCUCUGGUAGAACUUCAGCAGCAAGUAGCGCAACAGAUCGCAGCACCUGUCGCAACAAGCCAGCCAAAGCUACAGCAGGAAAUGCAAUCCAGUCUGACAGCCAGAUAUGCAGCUAAAUCCAGCCAUAGUGGAAUUGCAACCAGUCAAAAAAAGACUUCUAGGCUUCCAGGGCCAUCAAGGGUGCCCGCUGCAGGCAGCAGUACCAAGGCCCAAGGAGCGGCGAACUUAAACAGGAGAAGUCAGAGCUUCAACAGCAUUGACAAGAACAAGCCUCCACAGUAUGCAGCCAGCAAUGAAAAAGAAAUAGUAAAAGGCCAGCCACCGUCUGCAGGUAUGAAUGGAAACGUGCAGCCCCCCACCAGCACAGGACAGCAGCAGGUCUCUGCCAUUCCUCCACCAAAUUCCGGUAAACCUUGGCGCAGCAAAUCCAUGAAUGUCAAGCAUACUGCUACAUCCCCUGUUCUGUCUGUGAAGCAGCCAAGUCCUGUAACUUCCCCUUCUUCUGAGAGGCUGAAGCCACCCCCCUCAGAACCAGCAAAGACUCCUUCAUCCAGUCAGAAGUCUAUGCUAGAGCGGUUUAAGAUGAUUAACACAAGAACUACAUCUAGAUCAUUAUGUCCAAGUUCUGGGCCCACGGACACUUCAAGAGAGGAAGACACUUUAUCAGAAUAUGGAGAUCUGGAUGGUUUUAGCAGUGGGAUAAACAGCAGUGGUUCUACAAGUAGCAGUCCUAAAGUUUCACCCCGGACAGCCCUACCCAAAGCAGCAAACAAACUUCUCAGCAAUAAAAAAGCAUUGCCACAGCCAAAAGACAAAGAUGAAAAAGAAAAGGGGAAGGCUAAAGCCAGCACAGAAAAAAACAUCAAAGAAGAGAAAGAGCAGCUCACAGAUACCUCAAAAAAGAGUUCAAAAAUUGCAAGCAUGAUCCCAAAAGGAGGCAAGACUACAAGUUCAAAGAAAGAAAGCUUAAUUCCAACUUCAAGUGGUAUCCCAAAACCAGGUUCCAAAGUACCUACAGGUAAACCAGCAGCUACAUCUAGUCAUACAGGAGUCAAGGAACCUGAAAAAACAAGGACUACAAAGGGAAGUCCAACGCAGCCAAUACAAAGAUCACAGACAAAUGAAAAAGUGUCAAGCACUGAACAUAGUGCUUCUAUUGAUGGGGCAGGACAUGCGGCGUUAGCUUCUCCUACAUCUUCUCUAAGUACUACAGCACCUGCAGUUUCUGUCACAUCCAGUAGUGGGCAGAGUACUGGGAAUGGAACCGUGCAACUCCCACAGCAGCAGCAGUACAGCCACCCCAAUACAGCCACAGUCGCUCCCUUCAUGUAUAGAACCCACUCAGAAAAUGACUGUACAUCCUUACCGCCUGCUGAUUCUUGUACCAGUCCCACAAAAAUCAGUUUGAUCUACAGCAAGACUGCGAAACAGUGCCUAGAGGAAAUAUCUGGAGAAGACCCAGAAACUCGGAGAAUGAGAACAGUAAAGAAUAUUGCAGACCUCCGACAAAAUUUAGAGGAAACUAUGUCAAGUCUAAGAGGCACCCAGAUAAGUCACAGUACUUUAGAAACAACGUUUGACAGCACAAUUACAACAGAAGUUAAUGGAAGAGGCAUACCUAGCUUGACUAGCAGAUCAUCGCCGGUUACUUGGAGGCUGGGCCAGACAAGUCCACGGCUGCAGGCAGGAGAUGCUCCUUCUUUGAGUGGCAGCUAUGCUCGAACUAGCUCAAGUCGUUUUCUACAUACAGAUCCCACACGUUUUAUGUAUACGACACCACUUCGGAGAGCAGCAGCUUCACGUAUUGGGAACAUAUCACAGAUGGAUAUGAGCGAUAAAAGUGGGGAACUUGAUUUGUCAUCUGAAAUAGAGAUUUCUGGAUAUAUGAGCGAUGGUGACAUCCUAGGAAAGAGCCUCAGAACUGAUGAUGUCAAUAGCGGGUACAUGACAGAUGGAGGACUCAAUCUGUAUGCUAGAAAUGUUAAUCGACUACAAGACCUAACUGCCUGUCGAGAUAUUGUUCACAGAGGGACACAUGAUGGCACAGGAGAUGCAGAAAGCUGGGAUGAUAGCAGUUCUGUCAGUAGUGGCCUAAGUGACACCCUUGACAACAUCAGCACUGAUGACCUAAACACAACUUCGUCCAUUAGCUCAUACUCCAACAUUACCACUUCACCAAGAAAAACGGUGCAGUCACAGUUCAAGACAGAUUCCGAGAAGCACUGUGAGACAGACUGGUGUGGAACUGAUGACCUUAAAAAGCCAGAUGAGUACGACAGCAGCAUGGAUUCAAGCGGCAAAUGGAAAAGCGGAGCUGGGCUUCUGGAAGACUCUGAAAAAGGACAUCAAAAGGCAUCAUCAUUAUGUGUUUCACAGACAGGGUCAUGGAGAAGAGGAAUGACAGCACAAGGUGGAAUUACCCCACCUAAGAGCAAAACAAGCACACUUAAGACUGCAGGAAAAUCUGAAGAAACAAAGUCUUCAGAGAAAGGAAAAAUCCAACUUAAAAGUUCUACCAUACAACGGUCCCCUUCAGAUGCUGGAAAAAGCAGUGGAGAUGAAGGCAAAAAGCCCCCUUCUGGUAUUGGAAGGCCACCAACUUCUGGCUCUUUUGGCUUCAAGAAGACUGGUUCAGGAUCUUCUCCAGUUAUCACAGCAAGCGGUGCUACAAUCACAAGUGGAUCUGCAACACUAGGAAAAAUACCUAAGUCUGUGGCGAUUACUGGAAAAUCAACAGCAGGAAGAAAGACCAGUCUAGAUGGUUCUCAGAAUCAAGAUGAUGGGGUACUGCUUACCAGCUGCAAGACAAACCUGCAGUACCGUAGUCUUCCUCGUCCAGCAAAAUCAAGCACAAGUAGCAUUCCAGGCCGAGGGGGACAUCGGUCUAGUACCAGUAGCAUUGACUCCAAUGUUAGCGGCAAAUCAGGCAGUGCAGCUACCACAAAACUCCGUGAGCCCACAAAGAUUGGUUCAGGACGUUCCAGUCCUGUUUCUGCUAGUCAAACAGACAAAGAAAGGGAUAAAACAGUAGUAUCUGAUUCCGAAAGUGCAUCUUUAUCUGGUUCCCAAAAAUCUAGUCCAACAUCUACUAUUACUACUACUAGCACACAAGGGCUGAGGCAGCCUAGUUCCAAAUAUCCUGAGAUUGCAUCACCUACCUUCCGCAGGUUGUUUGGUUCCAAGGCUGGCAGCAAGCCAAAUCCUGCAUCGAGCCCUGAAGCAGGGAAAAACGCACCUGUAAUAUCUAGCUCUGGUUCUUCGCUGGUUCGACUUGGCAGUCUGGAAUCUCCAUCUUCGGGGACAGGUAGCAUAGGAAGUGCAGGAGGACAGAGUGGUGGCAGCAGUCCUCUCUUUGGGAAACCUACUGACUUGUCAAUGGAUGUAAUAAGUUUAAGCCAAUCUCUAGCCUCCAGCCCUGCAUCUGUUCACUCUCUUACCUCAGGCGGACUACAGUGGGCCACAAAUCUCAGCAGUUCCUCUGCUGGGAGCAAGGACACACUAAGUCAUCCGUCCAUAAACAGUCUUCAUACCAGUUCAGAGUCAAUUGACCUGUCUCUCAGCCACCAUAGUUCCAUGUCAGGAUUGACCACAGCCCCGCAGGACAUGCAGAGCAUGUUAAUGCGGACAGGAAGUGUGAGAUCCACACUUUCAGAAAGCAUGCAGCUUGACAGAAACACACUACCCAAAAAAGGGCUAAGAUACACUCCUUCAUCACGUCAGACAAGUCAGGAAGAAGGUAAAGAAUGGCUCCGUUCCCACUCAACAGGUGGUCUGCAAGACACAGGAAGUCAGUCCCCCUUAGCUUCUCCCUGUGGCAUGCCAUCAUCGGGAUCAGGAAAAUAUCAUUUCACCAACUUAGUAAGCCCCACAAGUCUAUCCCAGUUUAAUCUCCCUGGACCCAACAUGAUGCGCUCAAACAGCAUCCCAGCACAAGAAACCUCAUUUGAACUCUACGGUGAUUCGCCAUUAUGUGGCAGUGCCACAUCUUUGGAAGAAAGACCUCAGACAAUGAGCCGAUCGGGAUCAUUCAGGGACAGCUUAGAAGAAGUUCAUGGUUCCUCAUUAUCACUGGUAUCCAGCACCUCGUCUUUGUACUCGACAGCUGAAGACAAAGCACAUUCAGAGCAAAUCCAGAAACUGAGAAGAGAACUUGUGGCAUCUCAGGAGAAAGUUGCAACUCUUACAUCACAGCUUUCAGCUAAUGCACAUCUUGUAGCUGCUUUUGAAAAAAGCCUGAGCAACAUGACAGGACGGUUACAGAACUUAACCAUGACAGCUGAACAAAAGGAAUCAGAACUCAUCGAGCUUAAAGAAACAAUAGAAAUGCUAAAAGCACAAAAUUCUGCUGCUCAAGCUGCUAUCCAGGGAGCACUGAAUGGUUCUGACCAAUCUCACAAAGAUCUUCGUAUUAGAAGACAGCAUUCCUCUGACAGUGUUUCCAGUAUAAAUAGCGCCACAAGCCACUCAAGUGUUGGUACUGGGAAUGAUGCUGAUUCAAAAAAAAAGAAAAAGAAAAAUUGGCUAAGAAGCUCAUUCAAGCAGGCCUUUGGAAAGAAGAAAUCCACAAAGCCCCCUUCUUCCCAUUCAGACAUUGAAGAAAUCACUGAUUCAUCCUAUCCGUCAUCACCCAAGUUGCCUCAUGGUUCCAGAGACGCAGGCUGUGCAGCAAUGAAAUUGUCUCAGUCUGCCUCAGAUGAAUUUAAUAAUAUUUUCAAGUCAUCACCCAUUUGGAUUCCAAAGAAAAAGCAAAAUGGCCCAGUUGUGUACAAGCACAGAUCUCGGAUUCUGGAAUGCACAGAAGCUGAAACAGAAAUAAUUCUUCAGCUAAAGAAUGAGCUUAGGGAGAAAGAACUGAAGCUGACAGAUAUUCGACUGGAGGCCCUCAGUUCCGCACAUCAGCUCGAUCAAAUCAGGGAAGCCAUGAACCGUAUGCAGAAUGAAAUUGAGUUGCUGAAAGCAGAAAAUGAUCGACUAAAAGCUGAGACAGGAAGUACUGCAAAAUCUGGACGCCCUUCAUCAGAAUCAAGUACCUCCUCCUCUUCCUCUCGUCAGUCUUUGGGACUUUCCUUAAAUAAUCUGAACAUUCCUGACUGUGUAACAUCAGAUAUUUUGCUGACUGAUGGAUCCGAAGGGACCCUUUACAAGGAAGGGCAGUGUGUUAGAAUUGUAGUAUGCAUAAACAAGGGCUAUGAGAGAACAAAGGAGGAUGCAGUACAGGAAUAUCUAAUAGGAUCCAUUGGAAUUAGUGGAAAGACAAAGUGGGAUGUCCUUGAUGGAGUUGUUCGGCGCUUAUUUAAGGAGUAUAUUUUUCGAGUGGAUCCUGUUACCAGCCUUGGUUUGACCUCUGACUGUAUUAUGAGUUACAGUAUUGGAGACAUAGUCAGAGCUCACAAUACGCAAGUGCCUGAACUGUUGCCUUGUGGAUAUCUGGUUGGAGAUAAUAAUGUCAUUCGUGUAAAUAUUAAAGGUGUACAUGAAAACAGUUUAGAUUGCUUAGUGUUUGACACAUUAAUCCCCAAACCAGUUGCACAACGUUACAUUAAUCUGCUGAUGGAGUACCAUAGAAUAAUCCUUUCUGGACCAAGUGGCACAGGAAAAACAUACCUCGCUAAUAAGCUUGCAGAAUAUCUGAUUCUUAAAUCAGGUAGAAAAAGCACAGAAGGAGCAAUAGCAACAUUUAAUGUGGAUCACAAGUCAAGCAAGGAACUCCGCCAGUACCUCUCAAACCUUGCUGAUCAGUGUAGUAGUGACAACAAUGGUGUAGAUCUUCCGCUAGCUAUUAUUCUGGACAACCUCCACCACAUUGGUUCGCUAAGUGAUAUUUUUAAUGGCUUCCUUAAUUGCAAGUAUCAUAAAUGCCCGUAUAUAAUUGGAACAAUGAACCAGGCUGUGUCAUCUUCUCCAAACCUAGAACUUCAUCACAACUUUAGGUGGGUUCUUUGUGCCAACCAUACAGAACCAGUGAAAGGGUUUUUAGGAAGAUACCUAAGAAGAAAAAUAAUUGAGAAUGAACUUGAAAAGAAUGUGCGCAAUAAUGAACUCAUAAAAAUAAUUGACUGGAUUCCAAAAACAUGGCAACAUAUAAACAGUUUCUUAGAAGCACAUAGUUUUUCUGAUGUCACCAUUGGUCCUCGUCUCUUUCUUUCCUGCCCUAUGGAUGUGGCUGGGUCUAGAGUGUGGUUUACAGACCUGUGGAACUACUCUCUUGUUCCAUAUCUACUAGAAGCAGUAAGAGAAGGACUUCAGAUGUAUGGAAAAAGAGCCCCAUGGGAGGAUCCUUCAAAGUGGGUAAUGGAAACAUAUCCAUGGAGUUCUGCAUCAGUACAACAUGAAUGGCCAUCUCUGCUCCAGCUAAGACCAGAGGAUGUUGGAUAUGAUGGCUACUCAUCUGCUAAAGAAGGUGCUGCUGCCUCAAAACAUGUACCUCAGAGUGAAAAAGAAGGUGAUCCCCUGAUGAGUAUGUUGAUGAGGCUCCAGGAAGCUGCUAAUUAUUCCAGUGCACAAAGCUGUGACAGUGACAGUGCAAGCCAUCACGAUGACAUCUUGGACUCAUCACUCGAAUCAACUCUAUAGGGGGCUGAGCCAGAGAACAAUGAGGGCUAAAUCUGUUUCCACUCCAUCCUUGCCAGUAACAAAGCAGCACAGCUGCCCGAUGUGGUGUGUGCUGUCUCAAAUGGGCAGGAACAUUAUCUCUGAGACGUCAGGUAGAAGAACUGAAGUGGAAAGCUCAGAUUAGUUUCAUUUCAAGGCAUUUCCAUAUCAGUGGGGUUGUGAACUCCAUUUUUGACUGGAAAGGGCCCAAAAGAGCGGCAGUUAAGCAGAUUGCACAUGCAUUAGCCAAACUGGAUUUUUUUUUUACUUGAGUUUGCAGUACAUACUGUAAACUAUGUGUUUACUUGAAGGUACUGUAUAAAGAGAGCAGUUCUUUACUGUUCUGCCCCAGUCUUGACCUCAGCAAUGCCACAUGGUGCUGGUCACACAACAGAAAGGGUAUUUGUUUUAUACCAGAGUUCAUUUCAAUGUCUAUUUUUAAUUUGUACACAGUAAGCACAAAUCAUAUUGUGCAGUCUGAACCAAACAUAACUGUGAUUUGUUGGAUAAGUGCCAAUUGUGUUAUGUACUGCCAUGUUCACAGUGAUGUACAACACCAGGAUUUCACAGCACACAUGACAGUUUUUCUUUCUUUUUUCACAAGUUUGUUUGUACCGCUGAGGUACACAUUCAUAAUAUAAAAUGCAUUUUUAUAUACCAGGUUAUUUCAUUAAUGCUGUCAAAGGCUUCGGGGACUUUGAGCCUUAUACAGUGAACAAGGGAACAAAUUUUCUUAUGGUGCUGUCUCACUGCCUUAAACUAAUUUCUAGGAAAAUUUAUAAGUUGGGUUGAAGUCUAAACUAUUAGUGAUUUGAAAUCUAUUUGUUGGCUAGAAAAAUAUACCAUCUACAUGAUAACCUCACAUCUGUACACCAUAUAUUUUCUAAGAAAAGAUCAGAAGAGGAAAUAUAUUUUAAGAAUAGAAUGCUCUGCCAAUCCUCAGAAACAUGAAUACUCCAUAACUUGCCUUUAUGGUUACAUGACUUUAAGUGUAGUAAGAUGGUGGAUAGGAGGUGUUAAAUCAGUCUAUGGAGACUCACACUUUGAGGGGAUAUGGUGGUGUAGACAAUUUGAAAUUGUUAUCCAGCAGAGCUGGAGGCACUUGAUUCAGCAUGAGCACAAAUCUAUGUUCUUAUAGUUAAAUAAAAAAGCAUGUUGCUUUUAUUGUUAAUAUUGUAUAUGAGCAAAUGUCUUUGACAACUGGCUCAGUGAAGCAGUGUGUUUGGGAAAGAGAAAUGGGCACUGAGAAACAGAAUGGGAAAUACUGAAAAAGUUAAAUGUGGGUUGGUUUUGCACAGUUGGUCGGGUGGGAGAUGUAAAUAAAAACAAAAAAACUGCCUUGCACAAUAAAAAUGCAUUAUGUCUUGUUUGUUAAUGUUUGUUUCACUUGCUGAGAUAUCCUCUGUGUUGCAAAUAAGUACUGUACAGAAAGUGAAUUUCAAUGCCGUUUCAGCUGUUGUAUUUUGUCCUGUUCAAACAGUUGUUCAUGACUAUGCAGGAAUUACUUCUACAAGAGCAUGUUUCAGUUACUCUUGGAAGAAAACACACAUGGGUGCUUAAGCUUUCCAAAGUGCAUCUGUAAUGAAAAUAUGCCUACAGAUUGCAUGGCGUUGGUUUGAGUAACUCAGUGUUAUUCAACUUCCAUUAGCGAAGACUGCUGUAGGUUUUUGGUACAAGGGUGGCAGCAGUGUGUUGUACAUGUACAUGACCUUUCCGUGGGGUUUAUGACUAUAUACCAGCUGAUGCUUAUGUAUGCACACCUGUACAACUUAACCACAGCAGCAUGCAACCUUCUGCAGCCUUAUGAGUCCCUGGAGGUCUUUACAUGUUGCUUGUACCCUGGUGCUUAAAAUCUAACAGUUUUAUUAUAAAACAGUAUACCUUAUCAUUUAUUAUUCCAUGCUCAAACUUUAUAUUAUCUAAAAUGUGCGAGAACUACCUGAAGUAUCAGCUCAUCUGUUCAACAUCUGUUCAGUAUGUGAAAUGGACAGCUACUGAUGUGUCCUUCUUGAGAUACAGCAAUGACAUACAAACCUUCCUGCAAUACAUCUCAGUAUGUUGUCGUGGUUUACAACUAAUUUGUGAAACAUUGGUCCACAACCAUUUUAUAUUUUGUACAUUUUGAUGUAACAUAUCAUGUAAAUAGGCAGAACAAUGAUUUUAACCAUCUGAGAAAUUUUGUAGUCUUUGUAAAGCCCUAAAAAUAUGUGUUGUCAAUGGACUUAACUGGAUUAUGUAUUUUUAUUAGUUUAAGCUGUACAUCUAGCUUGCAUAUAUUUUUUGCAGAUAUGCACACUGUAGCUGUCUAAAUUAUUAAUUUGCCAUUAAAGUCAUAUUAUUUAUUGAAAAGUCUCAA